CUUCAGAAAGCAAUAAAGUUGAGUUUAUCGGUAGCAAUUAUUUACCAUUUAUUUGAGGAAGUUAUAAAUGUGGGUGUCGAAUUUUAGCGAUUUGUAACAUUUUUUUUAUUAGGAAAAAUGAAAUUAAAGGAGAUUGCAGGAAUAGCUUUCAUAAUGAUAUUCGUUCUUUGUUCGGAAGCAAAUGAAUUGUGCACAAGGAACCACACAGUUCAUGAUCAGCAUACAAUUAUCAUUGGUGAAGCCUGUGAAUGGAAUGUCAAGGCGUCUGAUAUAUUCGCCAAAUUGUUCUUCACGGCUUCGCGUCAGGAAAAUGAUGCCCAAUCGUGUGGUACAGGUGACAGUAUUGAGGUAAGGGAAGAUCUACCCGAUAACACAGUAGCCACCUUGUUAAACAUCAACUGCGCUACGCCUUAUAUGGUCCAUCUCAUGUUCUCGUUGACUGCGAAGGUGAAGGUCAAGGCAAGUGGAGCAGCCAUUAUAUUGAACAUGACCUUCAAAGAAUAUAGAAAGCAAAGCUUCUCCGUUUCGUCAAAAAGAGAGGAAAAUUGCCGAGAGUUUUUAAAUACUAAAAUGCAAACUGGAGUUAGGAUGCUCUCAAUGGGGGAAAUGCUGAAACCAACGGAGCAUGAAUGCAUAAAGUUCAACCACACUAUCCUCGAUUCUAACAACGAAACGAUUGUGCGGGGAAUGCAAACCUGUGAUAAUAAAUGCUCGGCAUCAGCCUUCUUUACUUUCCAUGAUACGGUAUGUUACUGUUUGGAUGGCAUGCAAGCGAUUGUUACCAUGGCGAAAUAUUGUUCCUUUCCUUGCCAAGAAAACCUUCGGGAAAUGUGUGGAGGGCCGAACUACCUAACAAUUUACAGUUCAGACUCAAUUACUAUCUGUCAGUUCCUACAAACAGGCUCCGAUGCUUUAUUUACACGCACAUAUGCCCACUGUUCAACACAACGAAGAAACAUUUGCCAAGACGAACUUUGUGGACAGACGUUUGUAGAACACAAAGGUGCCUAUAAUUUUACAGCCAAACCUGGUAUUCAUGAAUGUAACUGGGAAAUCAGUGUGGAGUUUGACGUCGCAAUAAACGUGAGUGCUGAGAUGGACACUCAGUCAACCCUUCAGACAUGUUUGAAACACAAGUUGAGUAUUUUCACGAAAACCCCUUCGACUGCUGAUUUAACAGAUAAGUCGUUAUGUAUGACUGGACCUAUCGAUUUUUUCGGUGUGGGUCCAGUCUUUAUCAACUUAAAUACAGAUAGCACAACAUCAACCACAGUGAUCUUCCGAUGGAAGACGGAUACCACACUAGAUAGUACAACAACUUACACUAAACUCGAAGAUGUCAUAGAAAAUAAUUCACCGAAAUAUAUCGAUACGACACAAGAUCAAGGCCAGGAUGAGCGGGAUAGGGAGUCAGACAAGAAGAUUGCGUUGUAUAUCCCUGUCACGAUCUCAGUGUGCCUUAUUGUUGUUGUCGCCAUCGUUGUCGCGAUAUGCUUGAGGCGAAAACGUGGUAAGAAGAACGCUAGAAAGAAUGUUGAUGAGUACAAUUAUUCAUACACAACAACCGAGGCUCAAACAAUCCACUUGUUCAACGCGGAACAAAGCCAUCCAGAAUGCAAGCUAGGCGAAUAUACAGAGGUUUACAAACCACAGUUGCCAGGAUCUGCGCAUAACGUGAACGCUACGGGUCCAGACGCGAACAAUCAAGAGUACCACACUCUACACCAGCAGCUAGAGCCCACCUACUCGGACCCUCAAGAAAACGUCUAUAACGAAACCGUGCCACCCUCAACUGAUGACGGGCAGUACGACGUUUCUUCUGUAUCUCCUUUGAGCAAGAAAAGCGCACAUAAAUCGCAUGGACUAACCGAUAAUGUUUACAAUACCUCUCAGUCGCCCAACGAUACCUUUGGCAAUUACGACGUGCAGUACGACGUUUCGUCUGUAUCUGCUUCCAGCAACGAGUGCGUCAAGAAAUCAAAAGGUCAAACCGACAAUGUUUACAAUACUUUCAAAUCGCCCGACGACACAGAAUACUCUGAGGCGAACCUUUUUAUCAAAGAAUAAGAAACGAUGCCGAUAGACAAUGGAUACGGUAUGGUCAAGACAAACCUAGUGGUGUAAGCUUUUCGAUUGCGUCAAAAUACAAUAUUAAUCUUAUAGCUUUGUCUUUAUGAAAGUGUAUAAUAUUAUGCUACUUUGACCUUCUGACUACAAUAUCAAAUAGCAAGCAUCAGCUGAACGUCUGAGGACUGUAUGUCAUAGAAAGAUGAGUAGAACCGGUUUUUAAUUAAAGGUCACUAUGACCUUAACCCUUACUGACCUUAAUUUCAAGAAUGUUCAUCUACUGACCACGUGCAUUAAUCUCCCACCGUCCACCUAUCCCAAAAGCAAUAGUAGUCACAUACUGACCACGUUUAAUUGGCAAAUCGGCAUUUUAAAUUUGGUCAUUUAGCUGGUAUGCAUAAGCAUAUAGACGAGGCACAAGUGUUUAUACACAAUUAGUAAAGGUGAUACACACAAUUUUACGUUUAAAAACAGAUGAACGAUAUUGUUGUUUAAUAAUACAAAACACUCUUAUUCAUUUCGUCAAACAGUCUGUUGUUGUUGUAGUUGUUGUUUU